CGUCUCAGAUGUUAGUAGAGAGGAGGGCGCCAAAUAGGAAGAGCAGCAGACGUGUGUCGCUGUUGCGUGUGUGUGUGUGUGUGUGUGUCUCAUCACAGCAACACCCAUCCACCACAGGACUUACCAUCUUCACUCUUCACUUAUGAGUGACCCAUCGAGGCGGGACAUCGUGGACGAAGACACAGGCUGAAAACAUGGAGGCAGACAGUGUGAGCAUAUGGCCACGCAUCGAGCCCUUCUUACUGGGAGCCCUGCAGGUGGCUCCCCCAACCAAACUCAGCCUGCACUAUCUCCGAAAGAUGGCGACGUACGUGCGAACACGGGACGGCUGCUUCCCCUCCCUCAGCUGGCCCAUGUGGAGGCACAUUGCCUGUGGAAAGCUGCAGCUUCCUGAAGAUCUCACAUGGCUCUACUUUGAGACGUUUGACCUCCUUAUAGGCCACGCUCCACAGGAGAGGCUGGAAUGGGCUGAGUGUCUUUCCCAGUGCUCUAACAAAAGCGAGUUGGACCGACAAAGGAGCAAGUUAUCUGUGGACACACUGCAGUUCCUCCUCUUCCUCUACAUCCAGCAGCUGAACCGUGUGUCUCUGCGCACCUCUCUGAUCGGUGAAGAGUGGCCCAGCAUUCGGGCUCGCUCCCCGUCUCCAACGGACCGAGAUGCCAAGACCAGCUCCCAGAACAAGAACUGGGACGAACAGGCCCACCUGUCGUUUAUGCAGAGCCACCUGGGGGAGAUCCUGGAGCUGCUGGUGGAGCCGGGUCAGCUGUCACAGUCUGGACAGGCCCUCAGAGACUGCCAGAUAUCCAUGGAAGCUGUGCGAUGCCUGGGUCUCCUCCUGGAGGGCUCGUCGUGUCACAGCAAAGCGGUGCAGCCCGUCCACCGGCUGCUGACCAAACCUCCCCUGCAGACCCAGGCCGGCUACUCCUCCCUCAGCCGCUGCUUCCCCCUGCACCUGCUGCUCUCCUGCCUGCAGAAGACACUCACAAUCAACCCCUUCGGGAUCACCGCCACCCUGCAAUCAGGGAAGAAGCUGGCCUGGGCACAACAAGUGGAGGGGUCCAUGAAGAGAGCCAGGAUAGCCAGGAACACCCACUUGGCCCCCCCCGGCAGUAAGAUGGUGCUGAUUUCGCAGGUCAUCAAACAGACUCUGGCUAAAACCUCAGAGAAGCUGACCGGCGCCAACAUCAAAAUCCACAGAUGUGUCGACGCCUUCAUCUACCUGCUCUCUCCUCUCAGAUCAGUCAGUUUGGAUAAGUGCCGGGACUGCACCGUGGUCCUGGGUCCUGUUGAGACCAGCGUUCACAUCCACAGCUGCCAGAACCUUCGCGUGGUGUGUGUGUCGGGCAGGAUCGCCAUCGGGGUCUCCUCACGUUGCACCAUCCACACCUUGACCCCCACCCGCCCCUUGCUCCUCCCUGGAAACACAGACAUUACCCUGGGGCCUUUCCACAGCUUCUACCCCUCCCUGGAGGAUCACAUGGGCAGCGUGGGGCUCGCUGUGGUCCCCAACGCCUGGGACAGACCCUUACUGGUGGGCACCGAGGGCCUCUUUAACUCCUCACUCAACGCCUCGUCCAUCCCGGCCCCCGCCUGUUACCGCUUGCUGCCCCCGGCUGAGUUCCACACCAUGGUGGUGCCUUUCGAGAUGGAAGGGGACACGUGUGAGGUGCCGGGGGGGCUACCUCCUCUGUACCAGGCGGAGGUGGAAGAAAAGGAAAAGAGGAUCCAGAACUGGCAGAAGACGGUGUUGGAGGCCCGGCUCAACAAGGAGCAGAAGAGGCAGUUCCAGGAUUUAGUCGAGGUCAAGUUCCACGAGUGGCUUUUGGAAACGGGGCACCGACAGGAACUGGACAGCCUCAUCCCCCCCACUGUGUCCUCUUUAAAGCACUCCAAUGGAACCACGACACAGGGAGUCAAUCACACCAGACACGUGAGGACUGGGCGGCCCGUGGAACAGUCGCCUAUGGCUUGUUGAAGAGGUGUUUGGGUCUUAAGGUAGCAGCACAGAAAUGCACAAUGGACUCGCGUGUUCUGUGUGACCUCUGGAGUAUUAUGCUGCAGUAAGUCUGUGGUUUUUACACCUGACUCUGGUGUAGUCUGCAGCGCUGGAUCCAGCUAUAACAGCACCUUAUGUCCCACUUGUUCUCGAGUGGAAAGCUGCUAAACAAGUCUCUCUGAAGAAAAGGCAGCUAAGUGUUUACCAAGCACAGUAGGGAGGGGUUGGCAUGUCGUACAGCAACAUUGCAGACACCCAGAUCUGCACACUUAAACAAACACGGGGGUAGCAUCGAUGAAGUCACCGCUGACUUUUAAAGGGGCAUUUUCAUCAAGCUGAGUGUCAUCUUUUGGAGACAGAAUCUAAAACUGCUGGGAAAAAAAAGGUACUAAUUAUAACAGAUGCAGAAAGGGUUGAAUACGAGUGCUAUAAUAGCGCUUUAAUGGACUAACUAUCCUCAAAACGUACUUUAACAGACAGAGUUUGAGAAUUGAAAUGCACUUAUUGUGUCAACUCAGUACAGUCAGCAUUUAGGGACGGCCAGUGGGGGAUAAGAAAUAUUUCCCCCUCAUUUACUCGCCCAGUGUGACCUCAAAUUCUUGAAAGAAAACCCUGUUAAUCUCACAUGCCUCCAAGGUGAACAAAGUGUUGAUCAAUUAAAGUAAACGGGGGCAUUGAUAACCCCAAACUCGAAUAACAAAUACCUCACUUGUCCAGGGGUAUGCUCACUACUUCAUUUUUAAUUAAGCAUUGUUACUUAAACUGAGGUUUGGCGUUGUACUGAUCUUAAACACAGUCCAAAUGUACGGGAAUAUUCUCUGGUUUUGGAUUAUUUAACCCCAUGAGGAAUGCUAGAAAAACAAAGUGACUUUGAGGUUAUCAGGGUUGGCAAUUGAUCUAUAAAAGGUCCUUUUGAGGGGGAAGUAUCCCCUUAAACUUAGAGCGUUAAGGCUCUCCGCUCUAGGGAAGCUGUGCCUCGCUGUGGAAAGUUCCUGUUGAAGUUGCCCAGUAACGAUGGAGAAAGUAGACGCUAAUACAUGUAGCACUUUGGGUAUUUAGGACGUGUAAGAGCUCCUACAGCCAGUAGCUCAGGUCAUAUGUUUUGUGUCGGUAGCGUGUAAAAAAAAAGCAAUCGAGAGUUUCCGUUAUGGGGUAAAAGGAAGAAAUAUUAACACAAGUUGUAUUUAUUGGUGCACCGUCCACACUGUGUUUGUAGGAAGGGGUGAGCUGUACUUCUACACUCAAAUGUUCAAGUUGUAUUUUUGGCCUGCUCCCAAAUAUUGAUCCCUCACUCAGUAUUUUUGUACCAGCUGUCAGGAGGGAAUAUGUUGUGGAUUUUCCCUUAAGUUCUUCAGAUGUUCUCUGAAGUGAAUGUGUCUAUUUUUGUAUGAAUUCACCGUCAUGAAUAUGUAUAUUUUGAGCAUUAUAGUGCGAUUGUUUUUCAUAAAUCUACCCCUCUUAUACCUCUAAGUGUACGUACCCCAAUAGCGUCCUGUCUUCCUGUUUGAACUCCCAUUAUAUCCAAUAGAACGGCUGCAAUUUAAUAAGGUAUGGCGGUUGAAGGGGGAACAAUGCUCUUAAACAUUGGAUAAUAUUACUGUAAAUCUAAAUGCUGGGAUGUGUGUCUAUAUUCUUUGAAGAUGUAUUGUACUGAAAAUCCUUCCUGCUGUAAACCCCCCCCCCCCCGUUUGAACACAUGCAGAUUCUAUUCAGGAGCACGGUAUAGUUUUAUAAUGUCAAAUAA